AGGGGCGCCCGCGCGGCGACGGGGGGCCCGCCGGGAUGGCGUCUGGUGGGAUCUCCGGCGGGGCCAUCGCGAUAUACGACAGGAACCAGGAGGCCACCAUCUACGUGGGGAACCUGGACCCCAAGGUCGAUGAGGAGAUCCUCUGGGAAGUGAUGCUGCAGGCCGGCCCGAUCGCUAACGUGCACCUGCCGAAGGAUAAGAUCACGAACACACACCAGGGCUACGGCUUCGUUGAGUUUAAGAACGAAGAGGAUGCUGAUUACGCUGUGAAGAUCCUGAACAUGAUCAGGCUCUUCGGCAAGCCGAUCAGGUGCAACAAGUCUUCUCAGGACAAGAAAACUAGCGAGGUGGGCGCCAACCUCUUCGUCGGCAAUCUGGAGCCCGAGGUGGACGAGAAGAUGCUGUACGACACCUUCUCCGCCUUCGGGGUGCUUCUGUUCGCGAAGAUCAUGCGAGACCCGGACGUAGGAAGCUCCCGGGGCUUCGGAUUCAUCUCCUUCGACAGCUUCGAGGGCUCCGACGCCGCCCUCGCGGGCAUGAACGGGCAGUUUUUGUGCAACCGGCCAAUCUCUGUAUCCUACGCCUACAAGAAGGAGACGAAGGGCGAGAGGCACGGCUCGGCGGCGGAGAGGCUGCUGGCGGCGAACCGGCCCAAGGA